CCGUAGCGCUGACUCACACCGUAAGUAAGCGAAGGAAGAGUCGGUCUUCUUGAGUGAGUAGAGACACAUCACGCCGACACAUCAUCUCGCGGUAUUUUAUAUGUCAUGUUCUUGUUUUUACAGUUGUCGUUUCAAUUAGCUGUAUCUCCGAGAGUGCGUUACACGCUAGACUACCCAGUCAAAUCGCACUCUCAAGGCGCCUACAUGGGGCUUGUUGCAGAAGUGCGUACGAGAGGUGUUCGAGCUCUUCCCAGACGUCCUCGACGUUGGCCGCUUUCAUCGAUUCGCCAGCAUUUGGAGGGGCAGCGCGCACCUGGAGACGAGCGCGAAACGUCUUGUGCGCGAUGUCCGCACUCAGAGAGGAUGUCUUCUCCUGUUUGGGGAGACAAGUGAGUCGAAAGCGCAGUUAUGCUGCGCCGCCAGUCACCAGCAGAACCUGUCAAACUCGUCAACUGCGGCGGCGAGAAGAAGUUUGACAGGUUCUGUUGGAAACAGAUCGUCUGUCUGUUUUAGUUGUGCAAUGUCACCUCGUUUUCUCAGACACAUCGAAUUAGAGGGCGGAGUAUGCGCGACCUAAGAGUCUGGGCUUCAUUGAGGGGAGGACCAGUGCAGUAUUGCUCGUGUUUCUUGUCACUCAUAAGGUUUCGUUUCAAAGAAAGCAGAUAACAUCAAUCGGCUACAGGUGAGCAAGUUGGCGAAGAUAUUGACAAGGCGAAAUGGACAUGCUAAAUCGAAAUGGCUGCGAUACUUCGCACACCAACCACCCACGUCUGACCUCGGGCAUAGGUAAAAGGUGGCUGAAAGAGAAUACAAAUUUACUUUCGCCCAAGGUGCUGUUCCUGCUUGCAUGUUCCUUCUUGUUGUUAUGCUACAUUGGAAGAAUCAGCUUUGUCCCGGGAGACGUGAUCCGCAUCCCGCUUCUUGUUCUAGCGUCUCUGUGGACAAAAAUGUUGCUGACGGGGAGGAUUAAUAGGUGCGCGCUAUACGGAAGCGGCUUGAUUCACGGGUACGUGCUAGGCAUUUUGAGAGAGGACGUAGCGCACAGCGUAUGCUUGGAGGGUCUGGUGAUAGCGACGUGGAAGGUCAGCAGCAUGGUAAUAGGACGACCGUCGAAAGAAGAACCGCGACAAGUGGAUCCUGAAGUCGUCGAUGAGGACAAGUUGAAGAGAAUGUGGCUGUCGCUAAUUGCGCAGGCGGUAAUGAACCAUGUAUCUCCUAUCAGGAUCUCUCUAUUUGAUGUGGGACGAGUAUGGCCUGCGAUUGAGAUGAAGGGAGCCCCAAGAUUGAUUUCAGGGGGAAAAGGUGGCUUUGAAAUGGACAUGAAAGUAGAUUAUAAGACGGACGAGAGCACCAGCAUCAAGGCUCAGAUCCCAAUGAGGGUUCCUGGAUGCGGGAAAAUAGAAGUGCCAAUUUUGGUAUCCAAUCCACACAUAGCGACCGAUUUAUUGAUAGAAUGCAAAAUAGGGGAGAGGAAAGAAGAGGACAGCGAGGGGCAAAAAUACUUGGCAGUUUCUGUUCAAUUCGACCCAAUACGAGAGUUUCGAGUAGGACAAUUAGAAAUUUCAAUUGCAUCAAAUAUUCAUCUGCUUCAAUAUGUACCAGGUAUCAAGAAAACAUUGAAAUCGUUGAUUGAUCGUGUGUCAGCCCCAAAUAUCAAAAGAGUCGUCAUAUUGAAUCACUCUCUUCAAUUGUUAGGCUAUUUUGAAUUAAAACGCAACCAAACUUGGGAAAUAGAUCAACUUUUAGAACAAAAUAACUCAUUUUUGAAACAAGACGAUUUCCUGUAUCUCGAACCCGAACACGCAUUAUCACUGGACCAAGUACCUCUAGAUCCUACCACACCCGAUCAUAUAGACUCUCAGCAGCUUGACCCUCUUGAAGAGGAUCAAACCGUCCACCAGCUCGCUCCUCCAGAUUCCAAUGAAAGUGUCGCUGAACAGACCACGCCCUUGUCACCUCCUUUCACCUCUGACACGCCUUUUUCUCACUUAACGUCCGAGCGCACCACCGACCCGUGGGACUACAAGCCAACGUCUCCCGGUACCAAAAGAAACCAAGCUGGCGUUCCCUAUCCAUCCCUACACAUACGUUGAGCGGCUCUGCGGACGACAUUAUACACAAAUAACGGUUCAAAAAAAAAAAAUACGCAAGAGCGUCCUUUCACACAGCACCACAGAGAGAAUCUGUUCUCACAGCGCAUUAUCUUCAUGCGACACUCCUCUUCCUUUGAUGGCAGUCCUGCUCAACAAAGUUCGAAUGACCGCGGCCCAUCAGGCUUACCUGCUAUAUCGCGCAGCGCUGAUCCAGACCAACAAUCAGUCCCGACAAAAGAUAAUCCCUCGCGCACCGGCGACGGCUAUAUGGUCGACUGGUUGGCGCAUUACCUGGAUUUGACAGGCAGAGACGGGCCGCGGUCAUGGAAGUCUGUCCCCGAUUGGGGACAGCAUUGUGAUCAACACCUGCAAAACUAUUUCACGUGUCUCAAUGAGACUCAAAAACACGUUAGUCGUACG